AUGUCUGACCCGGAGCCUUCGGUGGCGAUCUCAUCCUCGCCCUCUCUCCCGGCCACCGACUCCAAUCCUCUCAAUUACGCUUUCCUCGUCCAUUCCCAAAAGACCCUCACUCAGAACCUCCCUCCUCGUGUCGACAACAAACUACUAGCACGUCAAAAGCGACGUCGAACUAGUCCGGAGGAUCACGCAGUUCUCGAAUCCGAGUAUCGACGAAACCCCAAACCCGACAAGGCAGCCCGCACGAGUAUCGUGAACCGCGUCUCACUCGGCGAGAAAGAGGUUCAAAUUUGGUUCCAGAACCGUCGCCAGAACGAUCGUCGAAAAUCCAAACCUCUCCAGCCUCACGAAUUACUCGGCCCGCGGUCGGGCAUGGUCGAUUCAUCCGGUCAGCCUUCGAGUGAUGAUAACGCGUUGGCGGAGCCGGGGUCUUCAAGUGGGGCAGAGCAGUUUGACAUGCACGACCACCAAGAAAUGGCAUCGAAGUCAUGGCACGGGGGACUCUUGCAGUUUACAGAUGAUUCCGACCCAGUAACUGGAGAGAAAGAUGAACCUGAGCUACCCUCGAGUACCCAAACAAGCGUGGCGACAGAUGUCGCUAACGAAACUCCGCCCACCACCCAGGAAGAGUUUUCCCAAAAUGUGAUCGGUCACUCAGAAGACCCAUCUCUGCAGAUACCGAAGAGGAAGCGUUCGGUAUCGGAUAUCCGGGGCGAGCGAGAAGAUGAGCAACAGUCAGCAAUCAUACAUACCACACCGACCAAGUCACCGCCAUCGCUGCGAUUGUCCAUGUCAUUUGACGGAGAAGCCUUGGUUCGCAAAGAAGGUGAACUCACCCCGUCUCCACCCAAAGGUCGCAAUGCACUCCGCAUCGCGAUGUCGUCGGAUGGAAAGGCAGUCAUUCGCGGCGAGAACGAACCGUCGCCGUCGAAAAACCGCGUGGCGAUGUUCUCAGUUCGCCGGACUAGAAUGUCAAGCCUGCGCCGGAGCAGCAGCGCCAUCUUCCCAGCGACGCCGCGUGCGGGCAUGGCCGAUAAAGAUCGAGCCUUCGGACGGUCUCGCGAUCCACGUAACUGGGAAUCAUUCUGCGACACGGACGCACGAAGCGCCCUGUCAACACCAACCAGUGGGCCGAAUGGUUCCCCGGGUCUUUUCCAAUCUCGCAGUCAGCGUUCAUUACCCCGUAGUGCCUCCGGGCGGCACAGCCUCGCCGUCCAUGCGGACCUGACCAACACACCCAUCUCCCAGUCAAUGGGAGAGAAGCGACGGAAACUAGCCCGGACUGUCUCUUCUCUUGGACGUCUGGAGACGGGCCGGAACAAGGCGAACAUGAACCCAUCAAAGCUGUCGAAGCCUGUGUUUUCCAAGUCUGACAAGCCAGGCCUGGAGCAGGAUCCCGGCGACUCCGAUAAGGAGAACUGGGUUCCAGGUACACGGGCGGCAAAUCUUCGUCGUCGCAAUACUUCACAUACCCCACGACCAGUCCUCCGUGAUGCCAACCGCAACCGCGGUCUUGGCAUCUCGACCAACGGUAAACGCAACCGAUCUCUCCACGCCGGCUCACAGGGCAAAGCCCCGCCAGAGCUUAGUGCAGAGGUCUCGGCCUUCAUGGCCGGUGGCUCAGGGGAGAAUCAAGAAGAUGACCUGGACUGUGUGCAGGGUCUCUUGUCGUUGAGCCAGGGGGCCUGGCGAUAA